UCACCUAAUAAACAGAAUCAGCAGCAGCAGCAGCAGCAGCAGUUCAGCUACCAUUCUCUCUCACCAUUUUCUCUCAUUUACUCACUUAUUCAUUUCUCUCUCUUCUCCAUUCUUCCAUCCAUACUCUAAUUUCCUUCACAGAGACCGCUAUCUCCAUCGCCAUUGUGGACUCCUACCGGAGAGAUGCUCGGCGGCGACUGCGGUCUCUUCCCCUGCUUCCGCCGCAGGAAGAUCGACGAUGGAGGAUCCUCCGAUCUCAAUCCAGUCCUACUUGUGUCCGGCAUUGGCGGCUCAAUCCUCAACGCCAAGAACAAGAAGAACGGGUUCGAGAUCCGGGCCUGGGUUCGGAUCUUCUUAGCCAACCUCGAAUUCAAGAAGUGCCUUUGGUCCAAGUAUAAUCCUAAAACAGGUUAUACAGAAUCUUUGGAUGAAGAUAUCGAAGUUGAAGUUCCAGAAGAUGAUUAUGGGUUGUAUGCAAUUGACAUUUUAGAUCCAUCAUGGUUCACAAAAUGUCUACAUUUGACAGACGUAUAUCAUUUCCAUGAUAUGAUUAACAUGCUUGUCGAAUGCGGGUAUGAGAAGGGAACCUCACUGUUCGGAUAUGGUUAUGACUUCCGGCAAAGCAAUAGAAUUGAUAAAGCACUGGAUGGCCUAAAAGAAAAACUGGCUACAGCUUACGAGGCUUCUGGGAAGAAAAAAGUGAAUGUCAUUUCACAUUCGAUGGGUGGAUUGCUUAUGCUGUGUUUCCUGUCACUCCAUCAUGAUGUGUUUGCAAAGUAUGUAAAUAAGUGGAUUUGCAUUGCGUGCCCCUUUCAAGGUGCACCUGGAUGCAUCAAUGAUGCCAUUUUGACGGGAUUACAGUUUGUUUAUGGCUUUGAGAGCUACUUUUUUGUAUCUAGAUGGACAAUGCAUCAACUGUUGGUCGAAUGCCCAUCAAUCUAUGAGAUGUUACCGAAUCCAGAGUUCAAGUGGAAACAAGAACCCUUGAUCCGGGUUUGGCGAAAGGAAUCUGAAGGCUCAAACACCGAUUUGGUCAAAUUGGAAGAGUAUGGACCAACUGAAAGCAUUAGGUUGUUUGAAGAUGCUCUAAGGAAUAAUGAGAUGAAGUAUGAUGGGAAGCCAGUACCUCUGCCAUUCAAUUUCUCCAUCUUCAAAUGGGCAGCUGAGACCCGCCAAGUUCUUGACAAUGCCCAAUUACCAAAUGGGGUCAGCUUCUAUAACAUCUAUGGAACAUCAUUGGACACCCCUUUUGAUGUUUGCUAUGGGUCAGAGACCUCUCCCAUUGAGGAAUCAUCGCAAAUAUGCCAUUCGAUGCCUCAAUAUUCUUACGUGGAUGGAGAUGGGACUGUUCCAGCUGAAUCAGCAAAGGCUGAUAGUUUUGCAGCAGUCGCUAGAGUUGGAGUUGCUGCCAGUCAUCGGGGGCUUUUGGCUGACAAAGAUGUGUUUCAGCUAAUCAAGCAGUGGUUGGGUGUGAGCCAAAAAUCACAGCAUUCAAAAACUGCUAGAGUGACCGAUGAGUAUAUUCCAGGUUAGAAUGUUGUUCAAUCCGCUAUCAUUGUAUGUUGUAUGUAUGCAUGCAGUAAGAACAUAAAAAUUAAGUCAUUGGAUGUGUUUCCCUCUUUUGAUGGCCAAAGUGUUUGCACACUGGGCAUGCCCAGACUUGGUGGACAUGUAAUCUCCACCCUCCAAUGGCCGCAGAUGGAUGCUAAUUUGGCUUUUAUGGGUACCCCUUAAUCCUCUUUAGAUUGGGGAAGAUGGUGUGCACACCAACCCUCUGUACUCACUUGGGCGCAUUCAAGUGGCCCAUCCUUCUAAUUAGUAUACAUUUCCUGGUGGUGUGUACAUGGUAUCAUUAGUGUAGAUACGUGGGAAUUACCCAAUCCAGUAAGCAUUGAGUAUUUAUGAAUGAAGUCACAAACUUGUUG